GCAAGUCUCGACUUCUGCGCAUUCAGACCUCAGAUCAAGAAUGAAAGUGUUCAUCUUUGUGUUAGCUGCCGUCUCUGUGGCGUGCGGUGUUAAAUAUAAUGGACUUAGAGUGAAAUACGGCUGGUCCGACGCCCUAAUAGACAAAGAGUAUUUCUUCUCGCUCCCUCGUACGAUCAGCGACGCGGAGGGAGAGGGAUGGAAGAGGACGGAGCGUCCUCCUGGUGCGUUACCUGAGCUGAAGAUGUACUGUCCCACUGGCAGACAAGUGUGUCCUCUCUAUGAUGCUGCUGGUUUUGUAGCUGGACUGCAGGUUGCUCUACCAGUAGAUGACUUCGAGUCCUUAGCCCUCAAGCCUGAGAAGAAGCUGGUGAAGUGGCGCGCGCCUGCCUCCGAGGGAGAGCCUUCCAGGGAUUACUGGACCCUUACUCAGUUCUUUGUAUCUGAAGAAUCCCUGAAAGCGGGCGCUGGUCCUCAAAUCGCGAACGGCGAGACGCUGCAAGAUGGCGGCGUGUGGGUGACAGGGCUGGACGGCCGCCUGUUCAAGAUCCCUCUGAAUGAAGACGAUAUCGCGAAGAAGACUCUCUACAAGAAACAGAACUGCGUGCCGAAUAUGGGCACCCACUACUACUACAACAUGACGAAGGAGAUGAAGUGCGAGGACUGGUUGCCGUGGUUCACGCUGGUCAACGACGGGGAGCUGGUCGGCACGGGCUUCAUGAUGAUCGGCAAGCUGGCCAAACAGAGCCGCUGGUUCGAGAUCCCGCCCUCUCCUAAACAAGUGCCGGAGAUUGUCGUCCCCUACGCCCCCGACUGCUUCCACGACUGGGCUGAUUCGUACGGCAUCGUGUCCCUUCACAUCUACUAUAUCGACAAACCUUGGACUAUCAGAUGCAAAGACGGAGACUCAAUAAAACCAGCAAGACCCUUCCAGAGGCUGCUCCUAAAUGUCUACCGCUACGGCAAUGCCAUCUCUGACCAGUUUAAGAGGUUGUUCAGCGGAUAACAAUUACAUUUAUGAAGAAGUUAAUUACACACGUAUAUUAUAUUUUUUAUAGAGUAUCCAAUACAAAUAUAUCGGCUUCACAAUAUCGGCGAAUUCAAACAGAUGCCGAUGCGAAUAAACGUACAUUGAAUAGCUUAUAUGUGAGAUUUUCCGAAAAGAAAAAUCAUGUAUGUACGCCGAAAUCGCCAUAUUUGGCGAACUGUUUACCGAUAGUAUGGAGCCGGUAUGAAAUCCAAAACAAAAUUAAAAUAACUGAAUUAAGGGCGGGAAUAAAAUAACAAAAUGGCCGUCAUCCCAUCUCAAGAGCACCAACAUGAUAGACAAAGACUACGACAGACCAAAAAGGCAGAAGACUUGACCUGUCUUCUGAGCUGAGUAUUGUCAUCGAAAUAGUUAACCCAUUAGGGUAUACAUAUAACGUUCUUGGGUACUGCUAAUGUGGUCCUCUUGGAGGGUUCCCCGCCGAUUCUGAAUUAAAUAGCAAAAAAAAAGCAAGGAUCCCAAAUAUUAUACCCAAUAUAAUGUUACCAAUAGGCAAAGAUUUUCCUAAAUAUAUUAAAUUCUAGACAUCCCAAAAAAAUUGUAAUCCUAUGACUGUGACUUUCAAUCAAUGAUGACGACGGAUUAAUUCUAAUCUAACUGAUUAGAACCCAAGCCUUAACACAAUAUGUACCUAUGUGGUCUUUUUAUGCUAGAUUUGCCAAAUAAUAAUUAUUAUUAUUUUAA